CAACAGUUCUACGACUUACUUCAAUUCGCGACGCACGAUCAUCAUAAUCCUCCCUAUUGCAGGCUGUCAUUCACGUUUACUAGUAUCUACCCCUUUCAUUCAAGUUGGAGUCUGCAUAGGCUAGAGCAUGGAGAACAUCAUCGCUCAGGUACCUUCGUCGUGGCCAUCGGACUCGAAUCCCACAAGGUCUUUCGAAGCCACAGACCGCCAGAGCCCACCACUGGAAGUGGACGACCGAAUGUCGGAGCGGGAUGCCGCCAUCGACAGGGAACUUCUCGAUUUAGUGCAAGGAAUUCUGGAUGAGGCCGUCGAGGGUACUGAUGCUGUGACUAGUACUGGUGCCAUCUUCGCCAGCCAUGGUACCGAUACCACCGCGUCGAACGCUGGACCCGUCGUUCUGAACGAUUCCGAGGACACCACUUAUGCCACGAACGGUCACGUCGGUAAUGCCCCCCAUACCAACACUGCCUGGGCUGGAUAUGAAGGCUACUUCCCCGCUAUGCCUAUCACGUCCACUGCGACCUUCGGGGGCGAGAGUUACGAGCAUCGAGCUGACACGGGAACGGCCCCUUGCACGGAGAACUCGGCGUAUGAGUCGAUUUGGAGGACGCCGAGGGCGGAGGCGAUGGGUGUAGCUACGGGGGAUAUGUAUGCGAGUGACCCAACCACGUCGUCCGCCGCCUCCGGUUUGGACUCGUCGUUCAACACAGGCCUCGUUCAGUUCCUCAAGUCAUUCGACUUCUCAGGCUUCCCAGUCUCUCCGAGUUCCGGAUGGUCCGAACUGGUCGAACUGAGGAAUGAUAUUUCCCAUCCCGAAACAGGUUGCGAUUUUGAGUCCUACUCCGACGCCAACAAUAGCACCAGUAGCAGCGUCGCCACCAGCACCACCAGCAACGUCGCCAGCACCAGCACCAGCACCACCAGCAGCGUCGACACCCACGUUGACACUGCAAGCCCCAUCACUCGGGCUACGAUCUUUCCUAGCAAGAGCAAGAAAAACAAACGUCGUGUUACUUUCGAGUUAACGACUGAGUCGGCUUCAGUACAUGAACCGCCGCAGAAGAAGAUGAAGACUCAGACGACGGGGCUAGUGGAAGAAUGCGACCACCAAGCACCCCGAGUCAGAACAAGUUUCUGCAUAGAAGACGCUCUCCGCACCUUCGCCUCCCACAAACCCAGCGACGAAGUCUUCCUCGCGAUCCUCGAACAAAUGAAGGAUCCCUACGCCGGACUGAGAGGGAGAGACCAAAUCGACAGGUGUGGCCAGACUUUAUUUUGGGAUUUGCAGAAGAGGUAUCUGGAGACUAAGCCGCAGCCGCCGGCGAAUUCGAUGAUGGACAUGCUGGAGGCUCCUGGCUCGAUGUUUCUCGUUACGCUAAGGACAGCCGCCCCGCCUUCAAAGGUAGAGAUGUAUACGGAGUGGUUGGAGGCUUCUGAGUUCGUCCUGGAAGCAGUUGAGAGAUUACUCAAGAGCAGGAUCCCCGGAACUCGCAGACGCCAGACGGGCCUCGGCCGCAUCUGCUUCCCCCUCCUCCUCUCGUUUAUCUCCCAAUUUAUCUUCCAAGUCAAGUCCAUCUCCUCGGGGAAUCAUGCUGGAAAUUCCAAGGAACAACGACUACACUUCGAGUGCAUCGAUAUACAAGAGGCCUGGUUUCCCGCCGACGAAGCCAGAAGGCAGUCCGCAAGAAUGAAGGGGACCAAGAUCCUGGAGCGGUUCGACGUGGUCAUGACCAACGCGUUCGAUAGAUUUCAAAAGGAGAGUGGGGAUAAGAAGAAGGCGGCGUGGAAGUUGAAGGAUGAGGAAAAAGAGUUUAUGAAGAAUCUGGGUGCGUUGAGUGAGCAGGGGUAUGGAGUUGGGGACUCAGCCGUUGAAAGGUGUGACUCUUUGUUUGGGAGUACAAGCAACGCGAUACGAGAGUUUGUUGAGGAUUACAUUGGGUAGGAUUAUGCCGUGCGGGGUCCUAUCAUCGCUUUGACGUUCCCGAGUCUUCGAAUCUUCAAUGGAACGGACAAUGUGUUUCUAUGCUUACCAUCUUGUAUUCAUGACCAUCCACCGCCAUGUAGCAUUAUAUUCCCCGACUUGUUGUGUACCACUUUUA